AUGAUCCGAACUUUAGCUGCCUUGUCCAUUGCGACUUUCUUAAGUCUCGUUGCAGGCGAAACAGUUCGCCUGAAUGUCCCCAGAAACCCCCCUGCAUCAUCGAGUCCUCCCAUAUCACUUGACUUUCAGUCGUUUUCCAUUGAAUUUGCAUUUCUAGUUGACUUUCAAGGAAACAAAUCCCAUCCGAAUAGGUUUACCAACAACCUCUUGGCCAACUUAAGAGCCUUCAAUGGGGAUGUGCCUCAGAUUCUUCGCAUUGGAGGAAAUACUCAGGAUCAUGUCACCUAUGUUCCUGACCAAAAAGAGCAGUUAAUCAAUUUUUGGGACCCAUCUUACAAUUCCGAUCAGCCACGCAAUACUUCCAUCGGCCCAACCUUUUGGGAGGCAUUUACCGCCAUUGAAGGGACAAAGUACAUCUUCGGUCUAAACUUUUACAAGAACGAUUCCACGUAUCUUGAGAAUCUCAGAGGGGAGGUUUCACAGUCCCUGCUGCAGAUUCCUCCUGAUCGGUUGCACUUGUUCGAAAUAGGCAACGAGAAUGAUUACGGGGCAUUGUCCGGAUUCCGACCGCCAACAUGGACCCAACAGGAUUGGGUUGAAGAAUGGAUUGACCGCGCACGAAAUAUCCAGAACCCAGCCAAGAGUCUACGCUUUUACGCUCCGUCAACAUGCUGUUACAACAUCACGACUCCUUACUCGUUCUUCUCCCCAUGGACGAUAUGGAAUAGCACAUUCGACUAUGACCGAGACGGGUGGAUCUCAGAGGUAUCUCAGCACGGGUAUAUCUCUUCAACAGGCCAGAAUCCAACUCUACAAGGCACCCUCAUGAACCACACAAGCGUGGUAAUUAAUGGAACAGUCCAUCAAUCCCUUUGCAAUCUAAAUCACAAUGCGGGCCGUGUUUACACCCUUGGUGAAACUAAUAGCGUCUCUGGUCAAGGAGCGUUUGGGGUUUCCAACGUCUUUGGCUCUGCUUUGUUCAUUCUUGACUAUGAGCUCUAUUAUGCAUCUUUUGGAGUAAAUCGUAUGCAUAUGCAUCAGGGAACUGCUUAUCGUUACGGCGCCUGGAUGCCCAUUGCUCAGAACGGAACAGGCCCAUCCACGAAUCCUCCUUACUACGGCCAUGUUAUGGUUUCCAAGUUCAUCGGGGCCCACCCCAAGACAAGAAUCAACAACAUUGAUCUUAACAGCGAUUUCUAUUCCGCAUACGCAGCUUACGAGAAUGGCCGAUUGGCGCGUGCCGUCCUUCUGAACCUUCACGAAUGGAACCCUUCAAAUGAUCAAGCUGAAGUCUCGAAAGCGCCGAGCACAACCUUUACUAUCAGCACUGGGCAACGGGGAAUUAAAUAUGCUACUGUCGAGUUAAUGACAGCUCCAGGAGCACUCUCGGAAACAAACAUUACGGUCGCUGGACUAAGUUACGAUUAUGACCUGGCGGAGGGAAAGCCGGUGAGAGUGGCGAAACAGUAUGAGAGCGUGCUUCGCCCGAAUAACAAGGGAGAGAUUUCUGUUCCAGUGCGAUACUCGCAAGCAGUGCUUUUGACUUUUAACUAG